AUGCUCUUGACUUACUUUAUCUUGUAUUCUCAUGUUAGCAUUUGGAAUCUUACAGAAACUUGUGAAAAUAAAUCUGCCUAUGGAACAGCAUCUCCAGUAGAGAAGUCUAAUAAAGGAUUGAUUACACUUUCUUCAAAUAACUCAAGGGAUUUGACUGAUUGCUCUGAGUUUGGAAAUAGAUCCUGUCCUGAGACCUUUAGGUCAUCAGGUGUAUGAGGGGUAAUGUAUCUAUUCAUAAGAGCAGUCUUCAUUCUCACCAUCUUAGGGAGUCUGGCCAUAAUCAUUUCUAUCUCAUAUUUCAAGCAGCUCUAUUCUCCGACCAAUUUCCUCAUCCUAUCCAUGGCUGUCACUGAUUUUCUGCUGGGCUUUGCCAUUAUGCCCUACAGCAUGGUAAGGUCUGUGGAGAACUGCUGGCAUUUUGGGAUGACAUUCUGCAAAGUUCAGUACAGUUUUGACCUGUUGCUCUGCUUAGUUUCCAUUUUCCAUCUUUGUUCCAUUGCUGUGGAUCAGUUUUAUGCAAUCUGCAACCCUCUGCAUUACACCAGCACCAUGACUGUCAUCACCAUAAAACAAGUCCUAGUAGUGUGUUGGUCAGCACCUGCUGCUUUUGCUUUUGGUGUGGUUUUCUCAGAAGCUUAUGCUUCUGGGAUUGAGGGCUAUGAAAUACUGGUUAAAUGGUCAAGCUCAUGCCCUAUUAUGUUCAACAAACUAUGGGGAACUAUUUUAUUCACAGUUGGUUUAUUUGCUCCUGCUUGUAUAAUGAUAGGGAUUUAUGUUAAAAUUUUUACAGUAUCCCAAAGGCACACAUGUGAGUUGAGCCAAGCACAAAGACACACAAAGGAUAAGAAAAAUUAUCUUUCUAGGAAUAAAGAUAGGAAAGCUGCCAAGACUUUGAGUAUAGUUAUGCUGGGUUUCUUAAUAUGCUGGUUUCCUUGUUUUUUAACAAUCUUAAUUGAUCCGUUUUUAAAUUUCUCUACUCCUUUACCUUUGUUUGAUACUCUAAACUGCCUUGGGUAUUUAAAUUCUUUCUGCAAUCCAUUGGUAUAUGGCUUUUUCUAUUCAUGGUUUUGGAAAACAUUUAAAUAUAUCUUAAAAGGCAAGAUAUUUAACCCAUAUUUUUGUACAAUAAAACUUCUAUCUGAAGAUCAGUCACAGUAA